GGCUUGAAAAUUGUCUUUAACAGUAUUAACUAUAUGUGAAGCAUUUCAAGAGUAUCAUAUUCGCUGUUAUACAACUAGGAGGAGUUUACUACCUAGAACCACACGUUCAACUGAGCAUAGGUUCUACCACCUAACGCUUGCUUACAAGCAACUUCACAAAGAGACACAUAAAUCAGACACCAUGUAUCCCCUUACCUGCGUAGACGGGUACAGGAUCCCGCUGCGCGAUGAGGUUUAUGUACUCGACAUCAUUCCGCUCAUAGCUGGACCAGCUACCAUAUCCUCAGACCAGAAGCUCUCCCUCUUCAACCCAGCGAAUGUGAGCGCGGGUCCACAUAUCAACCUGUCCACGCAUCAUGGCAACAUAACCUGUGCGAAAGCAUUUGACGCAGGAAGCGCCGUCGUAUGCACGGCAGGCGAGGACGGCAGUGUAUCUUUAUGGGAUCUGCGCCAGGAUGCGCGGCAAGCUGAGGUGGCUCGACUGACAAAUAAUCAAGUUCCCGUUUUGUCCCUAGCAUGCUCGAGUGCAGGUUUCUCUGUUGUAGCUGGCACCGAACUUCAAGAUCACCAAGCAUCAAUAUUAGUAUGGGAUGUUCGCGGAACGCCCACUCCGAAACUUCACUAUAAAGAAGUCCACAGUGAUGAUGUGACAGAGCUUAACUUCCACCCUACUGACAGCAACAUCUUAUUGUCAGGAUCGACAGAUGGUCUUGUAAAUAUCUGCGAUACUAGAAUCACAGACGAGGACGAGGUUGUGAUCCAAACUUUCAACCAUGAUGCUUCGAUCCACCACGCAGGUUUCUUGAAUUCCACCGAAGUGUUUGCUCUUUCUCAUGACGAAAAGCUUGCGCUCUAUGACAUGGCCGAGAAUCAUGAAAACGGAGCAGCGACAAUCAACUUUGGGGAUAUGCGCAAUGUGCUUGGUUGCCAGUAUAUUGCCAACGUCUUCGCAAAAUCGAAUGGUGCCGGUGCUGUCAUUGGUGCUGGAGCUCAUGAUCAGGAAGCGUUCGAGCUAGUCCAUCUCAACAAAGCUCAAGACUGGAGCUUCGAUCGAGAGAACAGUGUGGGCUUGCCUGGAGCCCAUUCUUCGGAGAUAAUCCGUAGUUUCUGCUUCUACGAUGAAGCGCAGACGGUGUUUAGUGCUGGUGAGGAUGGGUAUAUUAAAGCCUGGAAGCCCAACGCCUAGUUCAAUAAAUCGUUAC